UUGGCCGGGGCGCGUGGCCGGUUCCUGGUCCUGCGGCGCCGGGCGGGAGGCGCGGCCGGCCUCUCCCGAGCGAAGCGUGGCGGGGGGAAGCAGUAGCGCGGCCCGGCCCGGCCGGCAUCAUGGGCCGCAGGUUCUGCCUGGCUCUUGUGCUGGCUGCUCUCCCCACAGUGGCUGCCAAUGAAGAGGUACCUGUGGCUCACCAGGACUCCUGGGGAGACUUCUGGGUGUUCCGUUUCUUGGUCAAUGCAGCAGGCUAUGCAAGCAUUGUGGUGCCAGGCUUCUUGCUGAUACAGUAUUUCAAGAAGAAAAAUUAUCUUGAGACAGGUCGAGGAGUUUGCUUUCCAGUCAUCAAAUCAUGUGUGUUUGGCAAUGAGGCCAAGUCAGGACACCAGGAUGAUGCCUUGCUGGCAGCUCGGAAUGAGACUGUAGAAUCCUCUACAGCCCGACAAAUUUUUAAGCUGCUGUUCUGUGCAACAGGCCUACAGAUCUCCUACUUGACAUGGGGUGUCCUCCAGGAACGUGUGAUGACCAGGACAUAUGGAGCGACUGAGUCAGACCCUGGCGAGAAGUUCAAGGAUUCCCAGUUCCUUGUCUUCAUGAACCGGAUUCUUGCCUGCACUGUAGCUGGCCUGUACUGUGCCCUGACCAAACAGCCCCGCCAUGGUGCCCCCAUGUACAAGUAUUCCUUUGCCUCCCUCUCCAACAUCCUCAGCAGCUGGUGUCAGUAUGAGGCGCUCAAGUACAUCAGCUUCCCCACCCAGGUGCUGGCCAAAGCCUCCAAGGUGAUUCCGGUCAUGCUGAUGGGAAAGUUGGUGUCCCGGAAGAGUUACGAGUACUGGGAGUACCUGACAGCAGCACUUAUCUCUGUAGGGGUCAGCAUGUUCUUGCUCUCCAGCACACACCACAAACAUCUCUCUACUGUCACCACCUUCUCUGGGGUGAUCCUCCUGGCAGGCUAUAUUGUCUUUGACAGCUUCACCUCUAACUGGCAGGAUGCGCUCUUCACUUACAAGAUGUCCUCUGUUCAGAUGAUGUUUGGGGUGAAUGUGUUCUCGUGCCUCUUCACUGUGGGCUCGCUGCUAGAGCAGGGCGCCUUACUGGAGUCAGUUCGCUUCAUGGCCCGCCACUCGGAGUUUGCUGCUCAUGCCGUGCUUUUGUCAGUGUGCUCAGCUUUUGGGCAGCUGUUUAUCUUCUAUACCAUCAACCAGUUUGGCGCAGCUGUUUUCACCAUCAUUAUGACAUUACGGCAAGCCUUUGCCAUCCUCCUUUCCUGCCUCAUCUAUGGCCACGCGGUCACAGUGGUGGGCGGGCUAGGUGUAGCCGUGGUCUUCAUAGCACUUUUCCUCCGCGUCUACGCCCGCAGCCGCAUGAAGAAGAGGGCAAAGAAGCCGCCUGUUGAGACCACAGUGCAGAAAGUUUAGGGGCUGCAAGGCAGAGUGAUAGCCCCCACCCCCUGGGGCUAUCACCAAACUCUUAAGCAUUGGGGGUUGGCUUGGAGGAAGCGAAGGGACCUUUCCUCCUCUUGCCUUACUGUCUGAGCAUUUCAAGCCUGGCAGGGCGCUCUGUUAAAUGGGGGGAGAAAGUAAUAAUAUAGAUUUCUUCUGCAGCCCCUUUCUUUGGAGAAGGCUUAUUUAUGAACAAAAUGUGUCAGAGCUUUCUUGUCCUUGGAUGCAGUGCUGCAGUGCCCCUUCUGCUUAUCACCUUGGAACUGCAUAUAACACUUUUAAAUUUUCUAUGUUACCCCCCCCCCCCACCCCCAAAAAAGAAGUUGGCGGAAGGGGAAAUUGGGACGGUUCUGCAAAUUCCAGCCUCUUUUACAAGAAAACAUCACUGACUGGUGGAGACUUUGGGCUUCAGAAUGGUCCUACUGCCUAAUAGCCCCUCUUAAAUCAGAUCUUCCUCCUUUCAGGAUUGGAAUACCCUGUGUGUUCUUUUGCCCCACUGCUGGACAUUUUCCAGCUGUGUGCUGUUCCCCAAUAUCUUGGUUCUUGCUUUUUUCCUUUUUUGCUAGGUGUCUAUUAGACAUCUUCCCUUCUUAUUGAGCUACAAUCCCAACUUGUUCUUGGGACACUAGGUACUUUCCUGGGAUGUAUAGUUGCUGCAUUCAGUUUAAAAAAGCACAAAUAUUGCCUUCUUGAAACAUCCCUUUUCAGAGCUAUCUCAAGGUAUGUAUGCUUUUUAAAAACAAACUGCUCCUUGCAGGUUAGUGUGGAAGGAGGGCACCCACACACAGAGAAUGUGCUUUCCUGACCCUCUUCAUCUUUGAAAGGGACUCUGUGGCACACACAUGGUUCUCCCUGGGACUAAUAAUACCUGGAAGCCAUGUGUGCACUUGGGCUUGUCUUCUGCUUCUAGCACAGCCAGCUAGCUCUCCCUGCAAAUCUGGAUUGUUCUGCAGACUCCCUUGCAGAGUAGGGUAGAUUAAAGAAUGUUCUGGGGCAUACUUUGUAAGGGAAGCCAGCUAUGUUUGAAGAAGCAGCAAAAUGGAGAAAAGGCUUAUCCUGGACUGCCUAGACUACUUGCACUGCCCAGUGACCCUGCCCUGUUAUCCUGUUUCCCCAGGAGCAGGAUACUUUGAGGAAAUUUCUGCUGCAAUGCAGAAACUGGACUUUAUUGUCCUCUUCUCCAUAGGCAUCUGCUCUCAGUCCUGGACGCGAGGCUGGCUCUGCUUAAGAAGCUUGGAUUUUACCCUCUUAAUCCAAGCUGACAUUAUAAAGGGAAAAUGUUUUUUUGGUACUUUUGAAACAGAACUUCUCUCUCCUUUUUAUUAAAUUUCAAAGAUGCUGCAGGUAGGCAGCCUGUUUUGUAUCUUUCAGUGGGUCCAACAGGGAAGCUGGAUAAGAGAUCAGCCUCCAGGUUCUAUCGUUCAUCUCAUUUUUCAAGAUAAGACUCUUACGUUCUGCACUUGUGUCAAUUCAGCACAGUAUUUUACAUCCUAAAAUCCUGACCUGUAAAAAAAAAUGCAAAGCUGUCAUAGACAAGAACUAACUGGAAGAGUGUUGGUGUUUCCUAGAGAAGACUUAAACCAAUGGUAGGCACUGAGAAUUUCUCCCUGCUCAGAGGGUAGACCUUCAGUGCCCUGCACCACUCUGUAUGCCUUGCCUUCACAUUCAUCUGGUGAUUCUACCUUCUUACCUGUUGCCAAGAUUUAAAAUACUGGGAUAAAAACACCUAGAUUUGCAAAUAUAUACCAAUUGACUUACA